CCUCCUGGUGCUGUGCAGGUGCAGCGCGGCCGCCAUCCCCCCGUGGCUGAGCUCUGUGCCGUGCAGUCGCUGUUCUCAGGUCCGGCCCUGUGCCUGGGGGAGCUGCAGGCAGCCCACCUGCGGGCGCUGAGCCGUGUGCUGUUCCUGACUCCUCUGCUGCCCGCUGUCCUGGUGCGGCGCCGCCUGCAUUCCCACCUGCUGGAGAUCCGGCGCCUGGACCGCGCGCUGGCACGCCUGGGCCUGGCACAGCUCUCUGAGGAGGAGCUCAGAGCGGCGUGUUACCUGCGGGGGCUGAACCCCGCACAGCUGAGCGCGGCGCAGUGCAGAGCGUGGCUGGAGCAGUGGCUGAGGCUGUCCUGCGUGCUGCAAGGUGUGUGGGGGGAUGGGGGGCGACCCUGUGCCACGGGGGGGUCGGGGGAGAAGGGGAGGGAGUUGUGUGUGUGGAGGCAGCGAGUCCCGGCGCUGCUGCGUGGAGAGGUGGGGGUCCCGGGAGGGGCUCAGGGCUGUGAAUGGGGCCCCGGGUGGCUGCUGGGGAGGUGGGAGCGGCCCAGGGUGGGAGUUGGGACUGGGGGGGCUGUGAGGACCCUUCCAUUCCAACCAUCCCCUGGUUCUGUGAUCUUUCAGGACCCUUCCAACUCAAUCACCCUGUGGUUCUGUGAUCUUUCAGGACCCUUCCAACUC